ACAUGAUACAUUUCACAAAAAGGAGCCUUUGGUCCUCACUACGUACUCCCCUUUUAGAGAAAACUUUUUAUCCCAAUGAUACAGUAAGUCAGUAUCAUAUGACACUUUAUAUAUACUUUGAAAGGCUUGGAGAUAAACAUAUGGCCAAUAAGAGAGAGCUUGGAGAUAAAUGACUUUCCAUUCUUUUCACCCUUAUCCCAUGUCAGUGUUUUCUGUUAUGACCCUUAUGAUUUGAUAAGGCUUACAAAACUAUGCAGAUAUAGAUCUAGUGCUAGCUAUCUUAGUCAUCUCUGUCAGCAUUAAUCUAAUCAGUGUCAUGUAAAAGAUGCCCACUAAACAAAUCCUUCUCCUAACAUCUUCAUCUUUGCUUUCCCAAGUGAGCAACCAUAACUGACAAGUUUUCACAAAAGAAGGUAGUUUUCUCACUAUAAGGAAUGAAAAGAGAGUAGCACAUUCAACAAGUUGCACAAUUUUUGUAUACACACUUUGUCCACAUGAAUAACUCCCCCAUCAACUAACUUAUCACCUUACCUGCAAUGUGGGGCCUUUAAUCUCUCUAUAUAUACCAACUGCAAAGCCACACUCUUCCAUACACACCACCUACUUCCCAAUUCAGUGUCCCACCCUGCAUUUAAGCAGAGUGACUCCAAUAUUUGCUACAAUGCCAUCUUAUUCCAUCUUCCUCUUCAUGGCUCCUCUUUUGUACCUCAUUCUCUCUUUGAUGAUUGCUUCAAUCAGUGCUCAGGGUCCACCCUCACCAGGCUACAGCCCAAGUUCCAAAAUUAACUCCAUAACCUUUGAUCAAGGCUUUAGGAACCGCUGGGGUCUUCAGCAUCAGAAAGUAGACCAGGACACAUUAACAAUCUGGCUUGAUAGUAGCUCAGGAAGUGGGUUCAAGUCAUUACAAACAUAUCGAUCAGGGUACUUUGGUGCAGCCAUCAAGCUCCAAUCCGGUUAUACUGCAGGAGUCAUUACAUCACUCUAUCUUUCGAACAAUGAAGACUACCCUGGGAACCAUGAUGAAAUCGACAUUGAGUUCCUUGGAACUACACCAGAUAAGCCAUAUACUUUGCAGACGAAUGUAUAUGUCAAAGGAAGUGGAGAUGGAAAUAUUAUUGGAAGAGAGUUGAGGUUUCAUCUCUGGUUUGAUCCUACACAAGAUUAUCACAACUAUGCUAUAGUGUGGAAUCCUAGUGAGAUAAUUUUCCUAGUGGAUGAUGUGCCAAUUAGGAGGUAUCCAAGAAAAAGUGAUGCUACAUUUCCAUUAAGGCCAAUGUAUUUGUACGGUUCAAUUUGGGAUGCAUCACCCUGGGCAACUGAGGAUGGAAAAUACAAAGCUGAUUAUCAGUACCAACCCUUCAUUGGUAAAUACACAAAUUUCAAACUAGGCGGCUGCACUGCCAAUGGACCCGCCUCAUGCCGCCCGCCCUCUGCCUCGCCAUCUAGUUCCAGCGGCCUAAGCGGACAGCAAUACUCGGCCAUGGAAUGGGUCCAGAAAAAUUAUUUGGUUUACAACUACUGUCAUGAUCCAAAAAGAGACCACACCCUUAUACCUGAGUGUUAGGGAACUAAGAAUUGGAUCUUUUUCAAAUGAAGAUGAUCCUUUUUCAAGUACUAGAGUGUCAGUGUGUGACUAAAUUAAUUUUUUAUCUUUUUAAGUAUGUUACAAUUUGUGAACACACAGUUAUUUCAAUUGUCAAAAGCUUGUUUAGGGGGGUCCUUGAGAUGGGUCCAACUUACUAAAAGAGUAGUUGAGCGUCCAAGCCCCCCAAGAUUUGCAGUGUAUUAUUGUUUAUGUUGUACUAUUGAUUUGGUUGUAUUAUUGUUGGAAUAAAUUAUUUUGUGA